AAUGAAGCUGUGGACAUGACGUCAUACCGCACUACAUCAUGUCCGCCGCGGAGGGAUCGGCUUUAUAAUGGAUGUGCAUGGGUUUCCGGUCCUCUUUCAGCCUUCGAAUCCAAGAUGACCAAGAAAAGGAGGAACAACGGGCGUGCGAAGAAGGGCCGUGGGCAUGUCCAGCCUAUCAGGUGCACUAACUGUGCCCGCUGUGUCCCAAAGGACAAGGCUAUCAAGAAGUUUGUGAUCAGGAACAUUGUGGAGGCUGCGGCUGUCAGAGACAUCUCUGAAGCUAGUGUCUUUGACUCCUAUGCUCUGCCCAAGCUGUACGUGAAACUGCACUACUGUGUCAGUUGUGCCAUUCACAGCAAGGUGGUCAGAAACCGCUCCCGAGAAGCUCGUAAGGAUCGCACACCCCCACCAAGGUUCAGGCCUGCGGGUGCACCCCCAAGAGCUCCCCCUAAACCAAUGUAAGACCACCUGCAAAGAUGUAUCUUGUCCAAUAAACUGUUGAGAAAAA